AUGUCGGAAAAUAAAGAUGUUUCGAAAAAUGAUGCCGAUCCCGAAUUGGAUGACUUGUUGGACAGUGCCUUACAAGAAAUGACAAAGAAACCUGAAACGAACCAGGAAGAAAAUCAACAGAAUAUAUGGAGCGAGGAGUUCAUUAAGGAAGCCGCCUCACAGUUUGAAAGCAACAUGGCUGCUAUACUUGGUGGUUUUAGCGGAGUGCCCGAAGCUGCAGCGCAAGUGUUGAAGCCGGUGAAAGAAAAUGAAGCUCUCCCAGCCAAUGAUCCCGGAGUACAGGAAAAAAUAGACGAGGUUUCAGCAGCCAUCUCACAAACGCUACAGAAUUUAAACACUAAUUCAGAAAACCUACAGACGCCUUUCUCUGAACAAGAUCUAGCUAACAUGUUCAAUAAUUUCAAUUUAAACGAAGGUGGCCAGGAUGGAAAUAUGUUCCUACCCUUCAUGCAAGGUAUGAUGCAGUCAUUGCUAUCCAAAGAAGUUUUGUAUCCAUCGUUGAAGGAAUUGGUGGAUAAAUAUCCGGAUUGGUUAAAAGAUAACAAAGGCAAAAUACCACAAGAUGAUUAUGAACGGCAACAGUCGUUAAUGCAUCAAGUGUGUUCGGAAUUGGAACCUGAACAAGAAUCUGAUCCCGAAGAUGUUAAAAGAAAGAGAUUUGAGAAAGUACUGAAAUUGAUGCAGCAGAUGCAAGAUUUAGGCCAACCCCCCACAGACUUGGUGGGCGAUAUGGCAGCCCCGCCUGAAGGGUUCGCGGCCCCACCAGGCCAGGAUGCCUCACAGUGUUGUAUAAUGUAG